UAUUUAAGUCAUUUAGUUUGCUGAACUUUGGUUAAAUAUAUAUUUCCCGCGUUGCUGUUUUGGUAUUUUGUAUUUUACAGUACCGCAUCCCAGCGGUGGUUCGAGUCUGGUCCACAAACACGUUAUGGCGGUUUGAUGUAUCUUCAGGGUCUAUCUCAAGUGUCACUUUGUAAUACCAGGAAUGAACCCCCACGUUUACACGUGCAACUGCUAUGUGGAGUAAUAAUUUUGUCGAUGUUCUGUAACAUCAACACAUAAAACUAUAGAGAUCUUUGUGAUGAAUCAUAAUUGGAAACUCAUGUGCAUUUCGGUUCCGUACGUGACACCCACCCGAUGCUAACAUUAAAGAGCACAUGACAGACUGUUCAACUCCCCCUUUAGUGGAAAUAAUUCUGUUUAAGAUUCAUUGGACUGGACCAGCCUUCUUUACAUCGUGUUAGUGUUGGAAAAUUGUACUCUCUUUACAUGUUGAAUGUGCAUCUAUUCUGUUCUAUUUUUUAACCAUGUCUAAAUAAGGAACCAUUGACAUCGGAAAUAGCUAUCUGUUUGCAUGCCACAUCUUUGCUAAAAUAUGAACUUCUAUCUUUGAAUACGAAGGGUAGACGGCAAUUUCAGUAGUAUUUAAUAUUUGUUCGAAUUUAUGCUCGCUGCUUUCCAUGGUUCCACAUGUAAUAACACUGAUAAUCCCGUUGCUGGAAUUACAAAGUCUGAACGAAUCUGCUGCAUGUAUAUUUUUCAAUACUUGGCAUCCCGGUGGUUGCAUAGUUGCGUUGCGUGGCAUUGCAAUGCCAGGAGAUUGCUGAUGUUGCAUUGGCUAUUGGCAAUUGGUGGUUGCAGGAUUGCGUUGCAUUGCAUUGCCAGGAGAUUGCUGAUGUUGCAUUGGCUAUUGGAAAUUGGUGGUUGCAUGAUUGCUUUGCGUUGCAUUGCAUUGCCAGGAGAUUGCUGAUGUUGCAUUGGCUAUUGGAAAUUGGUGGUUGCAUGAUUGCUUUGCGUUGCAUUGCAUUGCCGGGAGAUUGCUGAUGUUGCAUUGGCUAUUGGAAAUUGGUGGUUGCAUGAUUGCGUUGCGUUGCAUUGCAUUGCCAGGAGAUUGCUGAUGUUGCAUUAGCUAUUGGCAAUUGGUGGUUGCAUUGUUGCGUUGCAUUGUGUUGCCAUGAGAUUGCGGAGUUUGCAUGUGCUAUUGGCAAUUGGUGGUUGCAGUAUUCUUUUGCCAGGAGAUUGCGGAUUGCAUUGCGGAUUUUGCAUGGACUAUUUGCAAUAGGAUAAUGGAGAUGCAGACAGUUGUUGCUGGAUUGUCCCACUUCGCUAAACAGGCUAUUCCAGCACGGCUGCUGGACGGAUGUUAGGAUCAUUAUCAACUGAUCAUAAAUAAAUUUUUGUGAUCUACCAGUGUGGGAAACUGUUGAGUGCCUUGUAAAUUACAGAAAAUGUUGGUGUUUUACCAGCAUGCUAAACUGUUGAAUGCCUUGCAACGCUGCUCUUAUGCAUUAAGGAAGUACACUGCAAGUCCUAAGAAACCCCACAAAGAGAAAGCAGAAGGAAACACGUCCGAGCGCUUCAAAGAUUUGUGUAAAGUGCAUGUGGUAGGAGGCAGUGGUGGUCAGGGCAGUGUAUCAUUCAUGCGUUCAGCAGGAUUUGAAUUUGGUGGACCAGACGGUGGAAACGGGGGCAACGGGGGCCAUGUAAUCCUCACAGUAACAAGAGAUAGGAACUCACUUGGUCACAUUGUGCCUACAAUCAGGGGAAAUCAUGGCACAAACGGACGAGGGGAGAAAUUGCACGGCAAAAAUGCAGACCAUCUAUAUGUUGAGGUUCCAUUAGGCACAAUAGUGCGCAGUGAAGAAGGCACUGAGUUAACAAAACUUGAAGAAGAGCAAGAUUACUACAUUGCGGUCAGAGGGGGGUGUGGCGGGAAGGGGAACUUAUUCUACGCAAACAGCCAGGACACAACCCCGCGGUAUGCCCAGGAGGGGGCCCCUGGCGAGGAACGAGUGUUGUACUUUGAACUGAAGAUUCUGGCUGAUGUUGGUCUGAUAGGAUUUCCCAAUGCUGGCAAGUCAACUCUCCUGAGGGCAAUAUCGCGAGCCCGCCCAAAAGUGUCACCCUAUCCCUUCACCACCCUCCACCCACACAUCGGCAUGGUCAUUUACGAUGACUUCCACCAGAUUGCUGUUGCUGACAUCCCAGGGCUUAUAGAGGGAGCGCACAAGAACAAGGGUCUGGGGUUCCAGUUUUUACGACAUUUGGAACGUUGCACGUGCCUUUUGUAUGUAAUAGACCUCUCAGUGAGUGAGCCAUGGACUCAGCUUGAAUGCCUCAAGUCCGAGCUUGAAAAAUAUCAGCCAGGAUUGUCCGAGAGGCCUAACGCUGUGAUUGGGAAUAAAAUGGACCUGAAAGAAGCACGGACACAUUUUAUCGAGUUCCAGAAGCGGAUCGACUUGCCCGUUAUUCCUAUAUCAGCUGAACAUCGACAAAAUCUUGUACAGCUGUUGAAACACCUGAGAAAACUAUUUGAUAAUAACAGAGAGGAGUUUUAUGGAUAGUUUUUAGAGUGACUUCAAGUUCAAAAUUCUUAUUCUAAAGUGAAGAGUCAGUAAAUAUCAUGACAAUUAAAUCAGUCCCUUUAGAAUCAAAGCUUAGCUGACAAUAUUUUAUUUUAGCCCUUGCGUAAUAAGAUGGCCUUGAAAAGUUAAAACAAAUAAUAUAUUUAGGGUUUUAGCUAGUUUUUAUAAAGGAAAGGGCGAGGCAGAAAAGGAGGAAAAUGGCGUAUUUAUGGGGCAGUAAAUGAUUUGAAAAUUAUGAUAUUUAAUUUUUUAGAAAAUGUUAGAAAUUGUGCUUAAUUGAAGUAAUUUUAGUUUUCAACUGCCAAAUAAAUGUUUGUCAAAUUUGUAUAAUUUUAUUAUCAUAUUUUAAGUUCUAAUCUAAAUAAAAGAAAAAUUGUUA